AAAUAAACAAUAUUUUAUUGCUGUUGUUAUUUGUUAAUUAAAUUAUUUUAAUGAGAUGGCUGAUGAAAGUGAAGUAAUUCCAAAGGACAAUCCUACUGAUGCUAAAUAUCGUGUUUAUGCAAGUAUAUCAUUUGCUGUUUUGUUGCUUGGUGUUGGUGUACCACUUUGGUGGCAUACAACAGCUGUGUUAAGAGCUGAUCUUCCAUACGCAGGAAUUGCAUCUUUAUCAAAACUUGAUACUAAAAUUUACUGCAAAAUAUAUCUAGCAGCAAUUUCAGAUAAUCGUGCUAAAUUACUUACUGAUGAAAUAACAAAAUUUUUUCAUAAUUCUGAAUUGUACAAAGUUAAUGUCAGCCAUGAAGUGAUAUCAUCAAGUCUUGUUAGCUCAUCAUUUACACCAUCUGAUUAUGAAAAAGUUGCCAGUUCAUUUGAUCUUAAAGUUGGUGAAUUAUUAUUACUUGAAGCACCAAAUUUGUCCAGUGUUGUUGUUGGUACAAGUAGAAGUGUAUUUUAUCCCAGUGAUACAAGUGGUAUUAAACUUGCUCAAAUAUUAUCACAAUGGAUAUUACGUGAUAAAUCAUUGGCAUUGACAAGAAAUGCACUUGCUGAUCCAACAAAAUACAGUCUUGAUGAAGACAAUCGUCGUAGAUUUCCAGCAAGUCCAGCUUAUGAUAUUUUAUUGACAAUGAUUAAUCCAGAUCCAGAAAAAUUAAAAAUAAAUUUAAAUUUAGCACAACUUUCGGAAAAUUAUAUUGAACCAUUUUUACAACAUUUAUCAAUUGUUGCAAAUUAUUCAGUUAAAUCACAGUGGCUUUAUUUGAUGCCAUUGGAUGUCAAGCCAAAGCUUGUUAAAGAUAGUACACGUUUGGGUAAACAUUAUGCACUAUCAGAAGAUGUAUUACCACAAUUAAUAACACCAUUAGAAAAAAAAUUGGGUUCACAAAUGAGUCUUCAUCCAUGUAUUAAUUUAGUUGCAUAUGCUGUGCCAUGUGAAAAUUCACCAAUUUAUAUUUAUACAAAAGCUGGACAUAAAUCAAAAUUUUUAAAUAAUGUAGAAGCAUUUUUAUCACCAAGAUGGGGUGGUGUUAUUAUUUCAAAUCCACCAGCAGAUGUUUGUGAAGAGGCUAAAUCAGAUGAACCUGUUGAAGUUGUUCCAAGUGAUGUUACUAUUAUGGGAGUAUUUUUGGCACAGCUCAGAGUUCUCAUUGGCAUACCAGAUCCUGAGGAUAUUAUUCCUGGGGCUCAAGUAACACCUCUUGUUGGCUCAAAGCCACGUGAUUGGGAACUGGAUGCAUUGCUGAGAAUCCGAGCAAUUGAACAACUAACUUCAGCUAAACUUACACUUCAAUCAUUGGCUCAAUUGUUGGGUGAAAUAAGUAAUAUUGUCAUUACUGAAACAGUUGGUAAUCGUAUUAAAAAUGCUCUUAAUCUUGUUGAGCUAUCAGCAAAUAAAUUGGAAAAUGGUUAUUUAACUGAGGGAUUUUUAUUGAGCAAAGAGGCAUUUAUUACAGCUGAGGCUGCAUUCACUGAUCCAUCAUUAUUGGCACUUUUAUAUUUUCCAGAUGAUCAAAAAUAUGCAGUUUAUAUUCCAUUAUUUUUGCCAGUUAUGAUUCCAGUAUUACUUUCUUUAAAAAAUAUUAAACGUUAUUAUUUUCCAUCAUCAUCAAAGUGAACAAAAUAAAUAUUAAAAUAUAAAAAAAACCAAAGAGUGGAUUGAAAAAACAAAAAAUUAAUAUCAAGCAAUUAUUUCGUACAGUAAAAACUUGUGAAUAUAAUUUUAUUGAAAAUAAAAAAACAAUUUUUUAUAUUUUAUAAAUUAAAUAAAUAAAUAAAAAACAAACAAAUC